CCUUCUCCACCGCUGCCGCGGCAGCAGCAGCAGCCUCGUCCGCCCCCUCAGCCUCCGCCGGCACAGCACCCAGCAGGGCUACCAACACCACCCCUGCUGCAGCCGCAUCCGGUGCCGCCGCGGCGAAGGGGCCUACCGGCAAUGCCAAGGGGCCCGCUGGGGCAGCGGCGGCAGUGGGUCGUGCUGGGACGUCCGCUGCCGGCAAUGAUGGCGGCGGCGACGAGGGGGGCGCGCCGACAGCAGCGGCAGCAGCGGAUGGUGGUGGCGAGGGCGGCGUUGAAGGCGGCGGGAAGAGUAAGAAGAAGAAAAAGAAGAAGGGCAAGGGCGGCGGCGGUGCGGAGGACGGUGGGGAUGAGGGUAGCGCCGCCUCUGCAGCGGCGGCAGCGGCGGAGCGAGAAGCCGAGCAGGAGCGGCAACGGCGAGCAGCGGAGGCGCGGAGACAAGAGCAGGAGCGGCAGCGGCAGGAGCAGGAGCGACAGCGGCAAGCAGAGGCACGGCGACAGGAGCAGGAAAAGCAACGACAGGAACAAGAAAGGCAAAAACAGGCUGAGGCUCGGCGGCAGGAGCAGGAGCGGCAGCGGCAAGCGGAGAUCUGGCGGCGGAAGGAGGAGGAGCGGAGGCAGGAGGAGGAGCGGCAGCGGGAGGAGCGGGAGCGCCGACGGGAGCAGGAGCGGCAGCGGAAGGAGGCUUUGUAUCGGCAAGAGGAGGAGCGGCAACGGCGGCGGCAGGAGGAGGAGAAGCGACGGGCGGAGGCUGAGAAGGAGGGGUCGAUGCGUGCAGCAAUGGCGGCGGCGGCGGCGGAAUACGAGGCAUCGGUACGGCAGGCUGCAGCCGCCGCCGCAGCCAGCGGCAGCGGCAGUGGUAGCGGGAAGGCAGGCAAGAAGGGGGCUGGGUUCGCUGCUCCUGCUGCUGCUGCUGCUGGGACUGCGGAGUCCUCAGCGGCGACGGCAGCGGUACCACAACCACCACCAGCGGCUGCAGCAGCAGGGCGGGGGGCUGCCACCAGGACUGCUGCUGCCAAACCAACGGCGCCGGCAGCAGCACCGCCGCCACCACCGCCGCCACCACCACCACGUCCUACGGCCCCCUCGGCACCGGCGGCGAGUGGGCCCGCAGCGAGUGCCCCCGCUGCUGCACCGCCGCUGCAGCCGGGCGGCGGUGUUGGCGGAGGGGCGGGGUCGGGGGCGGUGCCUCGCAGCAGUGGUGGGGGUGUCUCCAGGGAAGGCGCCUUCUUUGAGGGUGCCACACGACAAGGGCCGGCGGCGGGGCAGCGUGUCCCUCCUCCUCCUCCCCCUCCCCCGCAUGUGCAGUCAGCAGCCCCGCCACCGCCACCGCCGCCACCGCCACAGCAGCAGCAGCCACAGCAGCAGUCGCCCAGGAGUGUGGCGGAGGGUCGGGGAGCGGCGACGGGCUUUGCGGGGGCAGGCCGUGGCGGCAGCGGAGGAGGUCGCGGAGGCCCGGUUGCUGCGACUGCUGCUGCGGCGGGUUACGGAGGCCGGGGACGCGGCGCCGCUGGCGGCGGCGGCGGCGGCGAGGUGUAUUCGCGGCAACUUCGGGCGCUGGAGGAUGAGAUGCUCGAGAUGGCCAUCGCCGCAAGCAUGCGAACCGCCCAGCAGGAGGGACGCACGGACCUGGUCGACCCGGAGGCCCUGGCGGCACUCAACGCGGCGACCGAUGGCGGCGGCGGCGACUGCAACGAUGUAUCGUACCUUGCUAGAGCUGGGUCGCGGCCGGGGGCGGCGGCUGCUGCGCCGCCGCCGCCAUUAGCAUUGGAGGAGCACUUUCCGACGCUGCCGCAAACGUCGCCGCAGAAACCACAGGCCGCGACGGCGACGGGGCCGGCUGUAGCAGCAGCGGCAGCAGCAGCAGCACAAGGAGGUCGCAGCCAGACCUUGUUCGACACAUCCGCGCUGGCAAGAGCCGCCGCCGCCGCUACUGCCGCCGCUACUGCAGCUGCUGCUCCUACGUCUCGGUUGUCGGCGUCGUCAGCAGCAGCGGCGACGGCGGCGGCGCCGUCAGGCGCCUCCUCCUCUCAGAAACCAUCAACUGUCACGUCAUUAGCAACGACGCCGCUUCAAGUCGCCAGCAACGGACUUCCAACUGCUGCCGUACCGUCGGCAACAUCUGUGCCGUGUGGCGUGCCGUACUCAAGGCCGACGGGUACGACCGCCGCUGUCGCCGGUGGUGUGACCUCCGUACUUGGGACUUCAGCCCUACCCGGAUUCAAGGAAACACCGGCGGCUGCGGCGGCGGCGGUUACCAUGUCGUAUGGCGCUGCUCCAACAUCCGCUGUGUCCUCCGCCACCGCCACCGCUGCUGCUGCACCUCCCGCGGCGCCGGCAGUGACACCUGCCGCUGCUCCUGUUGCUCCCCCCGCUGCACCGCCGCCGCCGUUCUUCCCGAUUCCAGUCCUGGCUGCGGCACGGGGUUACAGAGCGCCCGCCGCCAGCGCCCCUCAGUCCCGCACUCACCAACCGCUUCAGCACCAACCGCAGCCGCAAGCGGCAUCCACUCAACCGCAAUCCACUGCGCAUCCUGUUCAUGUCUUUGCACCCGCACCGGCACCGGCGGCGGCUGCUCCUGGGAUGGCUGCUACUGCCGCACCCACGUCAACCACCUCCCAAGCCAACCCGCCUUCUCACCCCCCUUCCGCCAAUUGGGUUGCUCCCAAGGCAGUGCUCACCCCCGGCAACAACAACAACCCCAGCCAGCUGCCGACGCUUGCGGGGAUUUUUGGAGGUCGUCUGAGCUUGGGUACCGCAGCGGGUGCGGGUACCGCAGCGGGAGGGGUCGGCGUGCCGUUUGGCGCCGCCUUCUCACAACCGGCAGCAGCAGCAGCAGCAGCGGGGCAGACGGCGGAACCCCAUCAGACAGUGGGGGCAGCGGCGGCGGCGGCGACGGCGGUGGCGGCGGCGACUCAAGGCCUUACUUCAGGGCGGCAGGGGUCCGCGUCGUCCUUCGUUUCGCCUGCAGGGGCAUUCCCCCCCUGGGCGCUGUCACUUAACGGCCACACCAGCGGCGCCAGCAGCAACACCAGCGGCGGCGGAGGCGGCGGCUCUUCAGCGGCAGCAGGGGGGUUGGCCGCAUUGCAGACGG